AUGCUAACGAUGGAUGUGUCAUCAGUACAUCAGGGCUCGGGUGGGAACUGCGAAUAUUAGGGAAAAUACGAAUAUCAGACUUGUGUCGAUAUUCCUUUUAGGAAGUGUUCGAGACACGUCAGUGAUUUUGUCUUUGUAAAUUAGCUGUCACAGAGAGAAGUACGUUCAGGAGGAUUUACAAACGUUUUAACGUUUAGCUCCGUUGAUCUGUUAGCAAGCAGGCUAACUGGUUUCCCCUGUGUGUCUGGGUCCUGACGGGUCAGCACAGCAGAGAUAUGUCCUGCAGCUUGUUGGAGUUUUGCCGGCUCCAGGAGCUCAGAACAGUCCGGGACUACUUGUUCCAGAGCCAGAAAACUGAGCCAGUGGAGGAGAAGAAAGACACAGAUGAUCAGCUGACGUGGGACACAUCUGACUGGGAGUCAGCAUGGGAGAGUGGGGACAAGGAGGAGGAAGCCGCUGCGACCACAACGGCGGAGGAAGAGCCCACGGGGCAGACUGGACCCUGGUUGCAGGACUGUGUUGUGUCACUGUCACCCUGCUCUGACCUGCUUGUCGUGGCCCGUGAACAAAAAGCAGUUUUUCUCUCAGCAAAGUGGCGCACAGAUGACAAUGGCAAAGAAGAGAUGACUCUGGCCGUGUCUUGGACUGGCACCCUCAGUACUGAAGAAGGAGAGUGUGUGAGCAGCUGCAUCUGUAUCCCUCUGGCAAGCCAAAAGCGGAGCUCCACAGGACGGCCUGACUGGACGUGUGUAGUAGUUGGAUUCACAUCUGGUUAUGUCCGCUUCUACACAGAGAAUGGAGUUCUGCUUCUGGCCCAGCUGCUGCAUGAGGACCCAGUGCUGAGGCUGAAGUGUCGCACGUAUGAGAUUCCUCGUCAUCCUGGAGUGUCGGAGCAGCAUGAGGAGUUGAGCAUCCUCUACCCUGCUGCUCUGGUCACCAUUGAUGGCUUCAGCCUCUUUCAGUCUCUACGUGCCUGCAGGAACCAGGUGGCAAGAGCUGCUGCAGCAGGAAGUGAUACGAUCCAGCCUCCUCCCCUGGCCUACAAGAAGUGGGGUCUGCAGGACAUGGACACCAUUGUGGACCACAGUACUGUGGGCAUUAUGACGCUGUGUGUGUUCGACCAGAUGAAGAAUGCAUCAAUCUUGGGGGGAUUUAAUGCUUCAGUCAAGGGCAAUCCCCCUGCCAUGAGCCAGUAUGUCACUGUGGGAGGAGGACCUUACACAGGCUUUUAUUAUGCUAUAGAGGGAAGCUCCCAGCCUCUUCUAUCUCACGUAGCUCUGGCUGUGGCCAGUAAACUCACCUCAGCCCUCUUCAGUGCUGCUAGCGGGUGGUUAGGUUGGAACAAAAAUAAGAACGAAGAGGAGACGCCUCAGAAACAGAAGCCCAAGGUGGAGCCUGCAACGGCGUUAGGAAUCAGAUUUGGUCUCCCAGACUCUCGUCGCCACGGAGAGUCCAUCUGUCUGUCUCCCUGCAACACAAUGGCUGGAGUGACCGAUGACUUUGGUCGAGUCACACUGCUGGACCUGGCCAGGGGCAUUGCCAUCCGCAUGUGGAAAGGUUACAGAGACGCACAGCUGGGUUGGCUGCAGAUCCCGGAGGAGCGAGGUGAUCGGGACUUCUCCCCCUCUGCUUCCAUCCCCAGAAGACAUGCUCUCUUCCUCAUCAUAUACGCCCCCCGCAGGGGGAUUCUGGAGGUGUGGGCGAUGCAGCAGGGGCCUCGAGUUGGAGCUUUCACUGUGGGUAAACACUGCAGGUUGCUGUAUGCUGGCUACCAUCUGAUGGGUGUGAACAGUGUGACCAGUCAGGGCUGGCAGCUUCACACCCAGCAGGUGUGUUUGCUGGAUCCCAUCACAGGAGCAAUGAGGACUGUGAACAUUCCCUUUCACCUGGCCCUUAGCGACAAGAAGAGUGAACGAGCCAAAGAUAUGCACCUGUUAAAGAGACUGACCACGAUACUGAGAAGCAGAGAGGUUGAACCUGAUAUUUUCGAGAGCGAAGCCAAAAGUGUGCUGCUGGAUAUCAAACACCCUGCCAUCAAGAAGCAGGCUCUAGAUUCUCUGCUGUCAAAUAAAAAUGCCCCCGUCUCCUGUCUCACUAACAUCACACGCUCCUUAUAUGACAAUCUGAAGCAACACGACCCAGAGGAAGUGGGCACAGAACUUCUCCAGCUCUGCUCUUCACAAAUGAAACUGCUACAGCUUUACUCAGAUAUCCAGCAGCUACACUCGGCUGCAGACACGGAGGAUUGCUCUGGCAACGACUCACUCGAAGGCAUCGAGGACGAAUUGUCCCGCGUUGCUCCGACCUUGCAACGUUACGCUCAGCUCACCUCGAGACCCAGUGUUAGUUUUGCUCAGGACUCGCCCGACUUGCCCCUUACUGCCCAGGCCUUUCUCUCCCAGACGGAGUGCACUGAGGACGGGGAGGUGAAAGUGAUCCGAGGGACUGAAGCAGACUGGAACCAGCUGGGAAACUUUCUGUUCUGGGGUUGUCUGUGUGGAAAAAGCCCAAUCCAUAAAGUGUGUGACACCCUGCAGCAGACGGGUGUCAGUCCACAGCAGUUACUGUUUCUGCUGAUGAGCGUGUGGUUGCAAAGAGAGAAGGAGGUGCUACAGAAACCAGAGGAAACAGUUAAAAACCUACACACACUACUCAUUGUCCUGAGCAACAUGAAAGGUGCAGUGGAUGAUUCGUGGGACCCUCAGUCUGUCUCCCCCUGGUGGCAGCAGGUCCGCACUACAUGUAUCCAGUCUCACAAUUCUGCCGCCGCUCUGCUCGCUGCCUUUGUUGCCCACCGUGCUGCUAAGGCUAGCAUCACCAGUCACGCUGACACCAAGUUGCAUGCAGAGUGGGAGGCUGUGUCCCUGGAGCUGGAGCAGUGGGUGGUGUGUGUUCGUCAGCUGGAGGAUGUGCUGGUGUUGCAGACUCUGCUGUUGGUGCCUCCUCCUCAGGGAGCACCUGCAGGUGCUGCUGCAGCUCAGUGUUCUGUCAAAACGCUGUUGGAGGGAGGCACAGGUGGCAUCGCUGACAGUGUCUCCAAGUGGGUGUUCAGGCAAAACUUGGCCCCACAGCGGUUGAAGGAAAUUCUGCAGAAGAGAGAAGAAGCAGAGGAUAGACUAGAGCAGAAGGCGGAAGGAGACGGAACUGAUGAGACGGAGCAGAGCCAGAGGGACAACGACAGGACAGCAGAACUGUUGGUGGCAGUGUGCCAGCGGUUCCCACACUCCCUCUCUCCUGACCUGCUCUUCGCCCACUGCUGCUGGGAAUAUGUGGUGCAGUGGAACAAAGACCCAGAGGAGGGUCGAUGCUUGUGCUGGGCGGUGGAACACUUGAAACUCAUCUCCAGUCCACAUAUCCAAUUAGGUAUUUCCACCAUGAUGUGGAGCACGUUCCUUGUCAAACGAUUCUCAGCUGCAGCUUUCCUCAUGGAGAAAGUGGGCAAAGCACCUAAAGAUCGUUUAUGUCGACGGGAUGUUGGGAUGGGGGACAAAGCCAUGACGUUGUUCCUGAGCUGCUGUGUCCAGCUGCUGCAGAUCCUCAUGGAGGUGACUGAAGUAUUGGUUAACAAUCAGUGGCCUUUUUCUUUUAUAAAAUAUUCCGCCGACUCAGCCGUAGAGGAGGUGUCUCCUCCGGAGCUUUCUGUGGAGGAGGCGUGGUGUGGAGCGGAAGGCCCCGCCUCCAUAGCUGAACUGGCCCUGGAGCAGAGAGGGGUCCACUACCCCCUGGUCCAACACCACUGCCUAUUUGCCUCCCUGCUACAUGCUGUUAUGAUCUUUAGUGUGAAGGUCAAACCACUCAGCCUGUAUGACAGCAAGGGUAAGAACGCUUUCUUCAGAGACCUGACGACAAUCCAGCUGAUGCCCAGUGGAGACAUGGACCCAGGCCUGGUCUCACUGAGACAGGAGUUCCUCCUGCGGGUGCUGACUGGCUGGGUUCAGGCUAUCGAUGAUCUUACCAGCUCAGCCUCUGGCACUGGUUGCCCUCCUCUGCCAUCUAGUGGCCCCAAAGCUGAUUGGUGGCCCUCGCUGUGUCUGGAGCUGGGCUCCCUGCUGCAGGUCAACCCCGACAUCCUGCGGCGGCACCUCGUCUGCGAACUCUACAACCAAGGCCUGGACCUCCGGGCCGAAGAGGUGAUGUUACAAGUGGAAGAUAAGGACGUGUUGGGUUCUCAGCUGUUGGUACUGAGUGGACAGAGGCUGAGCUUCUCACUGUUGCACAGCCAGAGUCAGACGCAGCCUGCAAUGGAGCUCCUGGCCCGUCUCCCCCCAACCCUCUGCACGUGGCUCAAGGCCAUGGAUCCCAGUGAGCUGCGGUGUCCUCUGGUCCCUCUGUCCCAGAGCAGCCGGCUGGUCAGCCACGUCAUUGAGAUCCUGCCAGAGAACCAUGCUCAGUACAGCCUGGCCCUGCACCUUCUGGAGGCAGUGGAGGCUCUGACCACAGAGGACUGACCCUGACCCUGACCCUGACCUGGACGGGUUCACCUGCCGCCCUUUCAAACUUUAAGAAAAUGGUGACGCCGCAAACAGAAAGAUAAGCAGCCUAUUCACCAUCUAGUCAUAAGCUUUUAAUUUUGACAUGUCCACACAUUUAACACUUACUUAAUUGGGUGCUUGUGUUAUUGAUACUUAAAGUGUUCGGCCGUAUAAGUGUAUGAGAUGUAAUUCAGAUUUCUUUUGUCACUUGCGCUUAAUUUGUUUGAGUCUGUUUGACAUCAGUGUCCCGUGUGCCAUAUCUGUUUGACCUUUCUCCUCCUUUCCUCCCGCUCAAAGACAAGAGAUGUAUCAUAAAGAAAUAUGGACCUUUAUUUUUUAUUUAUAUAGAGAGACAGAAGUGAAUGAGCUGUGCGUGUACACCGUCUUUUCUGUGGUCCCACUGGGGCCCACUGCCACCAAUGCAGAAUAAAGAGGUUCGUGCAAAGCUCA